CCGUCGCUCCCGAAUAUAAACUCCGGUUUGGCAAUGAUUAUAAUGCCGCCAAACGUGGCGAUCACCCGUACGCUUAACAUAGUGUUGGCUUUCGUAUGGGACGUGUGGCUGUUGGGCGAGGAGAGUGAUUGGACCUCGGUCACAGGUGCCCUGGUGGUUACCGUAUGCAUAGCGGGCCUGGGUGUUAGUAAAUGGCGCCAGGAGAAACCUGAUCAAUUUACCCGAUGUACGCGUAAGGUGUUUUGCUGCUGCUGUUGCUAUGGUAACCACGUGGACACGUAUGCCGACGAUAGUGAGAGGGAUGUGUUGAUUAUUAGGAAACAUUCGCAACCGUUUUACGAUAGUAUCGAUGAUAAGCCCACAGGCAGUCCAGUCAUCCCCACCCGAACGCCGCCCCGUAAUGAGAGUUUCACGGGUAAAGCUCUACAUAAUGACGACAUCGUGGUUGAGAAAAAUAGAAUUUUGUUUCCCUGAUAACUUAUGGUGAAUUUUGUCAAGUUUUAUUUUGUGCUGGCCAAAUUAAUCAACUUGUAUAAGCAUUUAAUAUAUACCCAUG